AUAGGCAUCGUCUAGUCUCUGACAUGGCCAUGUGACGACCAUGUCCAUGGUAAGCGGGCGACGAGCAUCAGCAGGGCAGCAGCCUCCGAGGAUGGAUCAGGAGCGAGCCAAUAAUCUACGCAAUUAUUCACAGGCCACCGAGUAAACAAUAGUAGGACACCCGUGUGACUGAUUGGUUCUUGGAUUGGGGAGCUCCGCCUCCCUCUCCUCAAGUUUGACCAACCCUCACCCACCUCCCUCCGUCGUCUAGUAUGCUUCUUGCCUCCCGCCUGCUUCCUCCGCCGCCCUCCUCCGCCGCGGCCGGUUCCUCCUCAUCCUCUCUGGUAUGCGCCUCUUGCUAUAUUUUCUUGGAAACAAGUCGUUAAGGGUUUAAUUUCUGUCUGGAUAUCGCGUCAUCGUACUGUUGACGGAGGUCGAGGGGCGGAGAUCUCUCGACUCUCUCUCUCUCGAGAGAGAGAGAGAGAGAGAAGGACGGGCGGACGGCUUUCUUGGGUCAAACAGACGUGAGGGACUCGUCCAGACGAGAGCAAUUGAUUACCUGUAUUUCCCUCAAAUCCUGUCAAAUUUGUGCCUGCUUCUGUCCUUUGUGUCCAAAUACUAGUUGCCAUGGCUUGACAAAUCUGCAGGUUCUGACGAACCGAACCGUUGGGGUUUCAAAUCUUCUUUUGCAGACUCCGAUCCCAACUCAAAACACAGAGAACUCUGAAAGCUAAUCGGCAAUGGAUAACCACAUCCAUAGUCAGCCAGCUGCUAACCUCUACUACCAGUUCGGCAUGGGGACUGAGCAGCAAUACCCACCACCGUUCGCCUCACCACCAUCCACCAACAUCCCGCACAUGGACUGGAACCCGGCCACGAUGCUAGACAACCUCACCUUCAUCGAGGAGAAGAUACAGCAAGUGAAGGACGUCAUCCGCACAAUGGUGGACAACGCCGGGCAGGUGCAGGUCCAGUGCCACCACCAAGCAGGCGAGCUGCUGGCUCAGAAGCAGAAGCAGCAGGUGGUCAACGCGGACCUGACAUGCCUUAUAGUUCAGCUCAUCUCCACCGCCGGCAGCCUGCUCCCGUCACUGAAGAACUCGUCGUUCCUCAGCCACCCCCACCCUGCUGGCCACGUGGACAUGGCUAACCAUGUUGGCCCAAGCUCGAGCCUAGUGCCUAAUGCGAUGACCGUUUCUGAAGACUAUGAGGAGCUGUUCAAGGGAUGGACCGAUGGCGGCAUUGAGGUCGACGACGACGGCGUUCUUGUCGAGGAGCAGGAAAUUACCAAGGACGGAGACAGCCUCUCGUACGAGCUGCUGCAGCUGGAGGAGGACGAGAUACUGGCGCCGCACACGCACUUUUGCACCAUCUGCGGGAAAGGGUUCAAGCGGGACGCGAACCUGCGGAUGCACAUGCGAGGGCACGGCGACGAGUACAAGAGCCCGGCGGCGCUGGCCAAGCCGCCGAGGGACCCGGGCGCGGAGCAGGAGCCGGCGAAGCGGCGGUACUCGUGCCCGUUCGCGGGGUGCAAGCGGAACAAGCUGCACAAAAGCUUCCAGCCCCUCAAGACCAUCCUGUGCGUGAAGAACCACUACAGGCGGAGCCACUGCGAGAAGAGCCACACCUGCGGCCGGUGCCACGCCAAGAAGUUCUCCAUCGUGGCCGACCUGAGGACGCACGAGAAGCACUGCGGCCGCCGGGACAGGUGGGUGUGCUCCUGCGGGACGAGUUUCUCGAGGAAGGACAAGCUCUUCGCGCACGUCGCCUUGUUCCAAGGUCACACGCCCGCGUUGUCGUCGCCGCUGGAGGAGGAGCCGCCGAAGGCUUGCUCGGACCAGCACCAGACCGGCCGUGCUGGGAGCCGUCGGGAACCAGCGAAAGUCCCAGCUGGCUCAGUGGGCGGCGGCAGCGGCAGCAGCUUCGUGUGGGGUGCCUCGUCCUCAGGGGAGAACAGUGCUCUGGAUAUCAAAGGUUUUGUUGAUGGAUGCAGUGGUGACUUCCUCUCGACGGCGAACUUUGGCUCCUUCAACCUCAGCUUCGGGCCUGCUGACGGGUUCACAGGAGAGCCUUCUAGUGGUGGUUCGUUCUCGAUGCUACCUCCUGAGCACUUUCAGAGUGCUCAGAAGAAGGGGCAGAACUGAAUAUGGAUAAUCUCAGACAGCUUUAGAUGUAUGUAUCUGGGCGGCUUCAGAUGCACCACCAUCAUCUCUGGUUCAUGCUCGUUUUUCUCCACUGUAGUGUAGAACAUUGUCACAGUUUGAGAUUGUUGUCUCCUUCCUUCCUAUGUACCCGCCUUUAUCGCUGGAAGCCGACUGUUGAACUUUCGCACUACGCAGCUAGUCCGCACUUUCCUUUGGUUACGAAUUACGAUA